AUGCUCCGAAGGUCACAAGGGUCCUGGGUGAGAGCAAUAAAUCAGCGUGGGGUACGAGAGAAGGUCGUCUCCGCGACGGGCAAGUAAAAGAAGAAGUUCGAACAUCAUACUUCGUGCUUGGCAAGAUGUAUAAUCUGAAUUCUGAAGAAGCUGGUUCCACUUAAACUCGGUGCAAGCUCUCUUGGCUCUUGUUUCUGUUUUGUCAUUAAAAUUACACUGAAUUCAUAGUUUUGAAAGUACUGCCUUGCUGUUUCAAGCUCAUCAUAAACUCAGCAACACAAAACAACAAUACCUUCUUAAUGUGAAGAGAAUGCAGCAAUCUGAAUGCGUUCUUUUCUGAAAAACAAAAUGGCUAACUAGUAUUUAGUAGCCACUUGCUUUGCUUUCACUCGGAACGGACCGGCUGACCGGUCCAACAAACACAAACUACUCUACAAUUACUCGAAGAACUGUCACCUUCGGACACACGGUUCCAUGCCGUCAUUAUACUGUUUCGCCGAGAAAUCCGGGAUGUUUGAGUGGGCAGAAAAGAAGAAACGCGACCAUUAACGAGAAAGUGCGAUCAGAAAGUGGUCGUUUGAGCUCGAAGGAAGCGGUAUUUUGAGGAUUAGCAGAGAAGACUUGUUCAUUUGUAUUUCAAAAGAAGCGUGAAAACCUGAAAACCUCAUGAAAACCAAAACUCCCUGUUCACUUUCUCUCAUAAUUAUUUCUCAAUCAAAUUUUGCUGGCAGGAACAACAAGUCGAAGGUGAUCUCAGUUCCAGAUGUUCCCGAAAGUCGAACUCCUUCAGACUUUCACGAAGGGUCAACUGAAAUGGCUGAGGACGGAUACGAAGUGAUGGGACCGACUGGUGGUGCGGCAGCGGCUCCCCCGCCCGCUGCGAUUCCAGCGUUCCCGGCUGCGAGUGCUCCCGGACCGCCGGCUCCGCGCAUUCCUCCACCGCCACCACCUCCGGCAGCCGCUGUCAUUCCGCCUCCGCCGGCGAAGGAAACGAAGGUUGCGGCGGACAGCGAGAAGGCAGAAGCUCAGACGGAGAAGAUCAAGCCCGCGAAGAAGAAGAGAUCGAACGAUUCCGCGGUGGAGGUUGGUCAUCUUCCAUCUCAAUUCUUCUGCAAUCAAUGUUUUCAGAGUGUGAUCGAGAGUGCGGACGGCGACGGAAUGGCGGUGUUCCAGAGACCGAACUGCUGCGACAUGACCCAGCUGGCUCUUGUCAUUCUCGUCUUUCUCAUUGUUGUCGGCUCAUCCGUGCCUGUGAUUCUGACAGCCGUCGGCAAGGCUGACAUCGAGGCCAUCCGCAACAAAUUGCUGACUGUUUAG